UGGUAUUCCCUUCUCUUUAAGAAAUUUACAGUUUGUUGUGAUCUACAGAGCUUAGUUAGUGUCUUACAAAAUUUUCAUGCAUAUCAGAAGGUUAGAGAAAGGAUCCAAAAGCACUGGGUUUUUUUCCUAUGAAAUUGCUAUAAGAAAAAGGACAGGAAAAGUUCAAAUUCAGUAACUCUCUGAUUACAAUGGCCCUGAUUGCAUCGAAAACUUGAUCACACAAGUCUAUGAAAUUUGUCUUUCCACUCCAUGUCUAGUUGUCCUUUGGACAAGGAAAAUUCUUCUUUCAGCUUUUUAAAAAUUAAAUUACUUUUAGUGAGUUUAUCUUAUUUGCCCAAGAAUUAACAGCUAGGAGCUUCCCUGGUGGCUCAGAUGGUAAAGAAUCUGCCUUCGGUGUAGGAAACCCGGGUUUAAUUCCUGGGUGGUGGAAGAUCCCCUGGAGAAGGGAAUGGCAACUCACUCCAAUAUUCUUACCUGUGAGAUCCCCUUGACAGGCGAGCCUGGCAGGCUUGCAGUCCAUAGGGUGGCCAAGAGUUGGACACGACUGAGGCCACUAAAGAGCUAAUUAACAAUAAUGUUUUCAUCUUUCAAAUUCAGUAACUCUGAGGAUUGAGUACAAAGGCCCUGAUUGCAUUGAGAAAUUGAUCAAACAGGCUACGAAACUUGUCUUUCCACUUCAUGUCUAGGUGUCCUCAGCAGCCAAGUUCUGAAUUAUUUGACUUUUCUGUUAACAAUAGUAGAAAUCGAUGAUCUUCCCCCAUUGCACUUUGGGGUCUUUCACGCAUAUCUAAAAACGUUAAAACUACAUUUUAAAGCUAUCAUCCUACCCCGCCCCAUUUGUUUUUUCCUGGUAGAGUGGUUACAGUCCUACUGCAUUGAUAUGUUUCUUACAGUUCUUUUUAUUAAGAUUCUGACUCUUCAAAUAUUUGUUAUGUUUUAUCAGUGAGAUAAAGCAAAGCUCUACUGGCGUCAGAGAACUGCUUUAGGUUGGCAGUAACAGGACGGCAUGAAGGAAUAUUCUGGAAAUCUCUGGCCGAGAACUCCCGAGAGUCUAGGGUUAAAGCUCCAAAGGGGCAGGCAUGGCCCUUCCUCCACUUCGGGUCCCGGGAAAUGUAUUUCGCCGCCCUACCCCGCCCCCCUCCAUCCCCCCUAUUCCCCACGCCUCCCACCCUGAACUCUCUCCGGAAAUGAGGGGUGGCUGCUCCUGUUCUUCAGGGCUUUUGGGAAGUGUAGUUCCCGAGCUCUGUGUAGUCAGAGGCUCUUCCGCUCCGGGAAAGCGCAGCUGCCACCAUUUCUUUCGGUUUGGGAGUUCAUUUUCCCAGGAGCACCGUUUUGACUGGAUUCCCCAGGGAAGACACCCAGGAGCGAUGGCGUGGCCUUUCUGUCCGGAGACAGCUCCUUCCGAGCUUUGACUGAUCUGUUUCUGUAGGAAGCACUGAGUCACCCCGCGGUAGUGCCUCGGAAUAUCCGCUGCAGUUUAUACAGGAAACGUGAGACGGACACAGUCAUUCUGUCCCACCGCAUCGUUUUCGUCGCCCGUCCUGAAUCCGGAAAGGGGGGAAAGCAAGGACUUCCUGGCUCCCCAGAGCAUAGCUGCAGUUAUGCCUUCUCAGGACUCUGACUUUCCCCAGAAGGAACAUGAGAAAAUGACCGAGUCUCAGGAGGCCGUGACCUUCAAGGAUGUGGCUGUGGUCUUCACGGAGGAAGAGCUGGGAUUGCUGGACUCGGCCCAGAGGAAGCUGUACCAGGAUGUGAUGGUGGAGAACUUCCGGAACUUGGUCUCAGUCGGACAUCUUCCCUUCAAAGCAGAUAUGGUAUCCCAGUUGGAGACAGAAGAAAAACUGUGGACAAUGGAGAGGGAAACCCAAAGAAAUGGGCAUUCCAGUGAGAUCCACUCAGCUGUUACUUCAGGCAACAAGAACCCAAAUGAGAUGGAGACUCUUGGGAAAGUCAUGUUAAAAUACCUCUCGUGUGAAGAGCUGUCCUGCUGGCAAAUCUGGAAACAGUCCACAAAUGAUUUAACUCUGCAAAGGAAGAAUUCCUGGUUCCUGCAAGGUGAUUCUCUUCAAGUUUCUGAAGAUGAGAACCAUAUAAUGAAUCAUAAAGGAGAUCACUUCGGUUGCCUGGAGAAUCAGGAGUUGUUGAUUCCGAGAGCCCAGGCUUCCUGUGGGAGUAGGUGUCUGAGCGAGUCAGAGAAUCCAAGCAGAGGUGAACAGAUGAACGUGAAAAAUCACCUGCCUGUAUGUGAAGGCUUCACAAAGAAUUCACCACUGAGUGAUCCUGGUAAAACUGAUGCAGAACAGACGCCCUGCAAGGGAGAGAGACUGCGUCCCUGUAGAGUAUGUGGGGAGGGCUUCAGUCAUGGCACGGUGCUCCCAGUUCAUCAGAAGGUUGACCCUGGAGAAAAAUGCUCCCAUCUGCAGACUCAUCAGAGAAUUCACCCAGGAGGGACUGUCAACAAAUGUCCUGAAUCCAGCAAUGGUUUUUAUCAGAACUCCUUUCACCCCCAUCACUCUAACCCUGCAGGAGAGAAGUCCUACAGGUGUGACAGUUGUGGCAAGGCCUUUGGCAGCAGCACAGGCCUCAUCAUCCAUUACCGGACGCACACAGGGGAGAAACCUUACAGAUGCGAGGAGUGCGGUAAAUGCUUCAGCCAGAGUUCCAAUUUUCAGUGCCAUCAGAGGGUCCACACGGAAGAGAAGCCCUACAAGUGUGAAGAGUGCGGGAAGGGCUUCGGCUGGAGUGUCAACCUCCGUGUUCACCAGCGGGUCCACAGGGGCGAGAAACCCUACAAGUGUGAGGAGUGCGGGAAGGGCUUCACGCAGGCCGCCCAUUACCACAUACACCAGAGGGUCCACACCGGGGAGAAGCCCUACAAGUGCGACGUCUGCGGCAAGGGGUUCAGUCACAACUCGCCUCUGAUCUGCCACCGGCGGGUCCACACCGGCGAGAAGCCCUACCGGUGCGAGGCCUGCGGCAAAGGCUUCACCCGCAACACGGACCUCCACAUCCAUUUCCGCGUCCAUACAGGGGAGAAGCCCUACACCUGCAAGGAGUGCGGGAAGGGCUUCAGUCAGGCUUCAAAUCUCCAAGUCCACCAGAACGUCCACACCGGGGAGAAGCGAUUCAAGUGCGAGACCUGCGGGAAGGGCUUCAGCCAGUCGUCCAAGCUCCAGACCCACCAGCGAGUCCACACCGGGGAGAAGCCCUACAGGUGCGACGUGUGCGGCAAGGACUUCAGUUACAGUUCCAACCUGAAGCUGCACCAGGUCAUUCACACCGGAGAGAAACCAUACACCUGCGAGGCGUGCGGCAAGGGCUUCAGCUGGAGGUCCAACCUUCAUGCCCAUCAGCGAGUCCACUCCGGAGAGAAGCCCUACAAAUGUGAGGCGUGUGACAAGAGCUUCAGUCAGGCCAUAGACUUCCGGGUCCAUCAGCGGGUCCACACGGGCGAGAAACCCUACAAGUGUGGUGUCUGCGGGAAGGGCUUCAGCCAGUCCUCGGGUCUUCAGUCCCAUCAGAGGGUCCACACCGGGGAGAAGCCCUACAAAUGUGACGUGUGUGGGAAGGGCUUCCGAUACAGUUCCCAGUUUAUUUACCACCAGAGGGGCCACACCGGCGAAAAGCCUUACAAGUGUGAGGAGUGUGGGAAAGGCUUCGGGCGGAGCCUGAACCUUCGCCACCACCAGAGGGUCCACACAGGAGAGAAACCCCACAAGUGUGAGGAGUGUGGGAAGGCCUUCAGCCUCCCCUCCAACCUUCGAGUCCACCUGAGUGUUCACACCCGGGAGAAACUGUUUAAAUGCGAGGAGUGUGGGAAGGGCUUCAGUCAGAGUUCUCGGCUUCAAGCCCACCAGAGGGUCCACACAGGAGAAAAACCCUACAAGUGCAACGUAUGCGGUAAGGACUUCAGUCACCGUUCACGGCUGACAUACCAUCAGAAAGUCCACACUGGCAAGAAUCUUUAAAAAAUGAGAAACGCGUUUACAGCUUCAGUCAGGAUACACACAUUCAGGGUUUUGGAGAGUCCAUGCUGGUGAUAAACUAUAAAUCAGGGGUCCCCAACAUCUAAGAUCUAAUGCCUGAUGAUCUGAGGUGGAGCUAAGGAUGUGCUUGUAUCAUCCCAAAACCAUUCCCCCUACCUCUGGUCCUUUGAAAAAUUGUCUUCCACAGAACCAAUCCCUGGUGCCAAUAAGGUUGGGGUCCGCUGCUAUAAAAUAUUGAGAUGGAAAGGGAUUCCUUCAGGUGCCUCUAGAAAGAUUUGCUAGAAAGCAAAUCCAUUAAAAUGGUUGGUAACAUAGAACCAUAGAUAUUAACAGGGAAAAAGUAGGUUGUAACCCUCUUGGUAAGAUUCACUUGAUUUAAAUGAUCUCUCAGAGUGAAUAUUGGAGAAGGAAAUGGCAACCCACUCCAGUAAUCUUGCCUGGAAAACCCCAUGGACAGAGGAGCCUGGCAGGCUACAGUCCGUGGGAUCACAAGGGUCAGACACGAAUUAGCGACUAAACCAUCCACCACUACAAAGUGAAUAUAUGCCUAAAGAUAAUGCGUGAAAAGGAUAUUUGCCAUAUACUAGCUAGUUUUUUGGUGGGAGGGUGGGAGUCAAGGAAGACUUGGGGUUAUUUUUUCAUCAACUUCCAUUUUAUACUUAUUUAUAAUGGCCAUUAUUUUUACUAAUACUGUAAAACUAUGAAAAUGAAUAAAAUACUAAAAGUUUCAUAUAGCCAAAAAUUCAUAAUAUGAUUUUAUUUUAUAUGAUAAUAUGAAUUAAAACAUGUAUCUGUCACAGAUGUAUAUGAAGGAAUGUUCAUUGCAUCAUUGUUUAUAAUAGCAAACAUAGAAAUAAUCAGUUGGGUUGCCAAAGUAUUUUAUGAUUUAUUUAUCUAGUGCAAAUUGUUGUUAACGGAUGUUGGAGAAUAUCCAGAAAACAUUCACCUGGAGAAACAAAGCAUGGGAUUUUUGGGUGAUCUCAUUAAAAAGAAAAGGACUCUUGACUUUCCCCAGAAGGGGUGGCAGAGCAUGACCAAGUUCCAGGAGGCAGUCCUUCAAGGACGUGGCUGUGACCUUCACCAAGGAGGUGCUGGGACUGCUAGACUUGGCCCAGAGGAAGCUGUACCAUGAAGUGAUGCUGGCGAACUUCUGGAACUUGGUCUCCAUGGGAUAUCAACCCUUCACAUUAGAUAUAAUACUCCAGUUGGGGCGAGAAGAGCAGCUUUGGGUGAUGGAGCCAGAAACCCGCGGAGAUGAGUGUUCAGGACACAGGAAUCAAAAUGAAAUAGAGACUCUUCAAGAAGUAGGACUAAGACAUUUUGCAUGAAGGCCUUAUGUGUGGGCAGAUAUGGGAACAAACACAAAUAAAUUAACCAGGACUCAAUAGUAGGUCUGCAAGGCAAGAAGUCCAAAUUGCUAAAACAAGUUGAUUGCUCCUGUUGGGUGCGGGCAGGAGAAUCUGCUGAGGUUGCUGAAGAUGAGAACUGUGUGGGGAAGCUUCAAGGGGAGAGUUCUAAUAGUGUCAGCAAUCAAGAGCUUCAAAUUCAGACCUCCUGAGAUUUCUGGAGGAAAAUGGAUCUGAGAGAGUCAGAAUUAUCAGAGUAGGUAUCAGCAAAUUGACAUAAAAAAUAAACUGUGGCCAUGUGAUCAUUGCAUCAUGAGAAUGAUCUCAUCACCAUGAUGAUCAGGAAGUACACAAAAGCAAGAUGGCAUUUGGCAACAAUAAUUGUGGAAAAGACUUUGUGAGGAACACAUCCCAGCAUAGCAUCAUCCACUCAGAAGGUCAGAUCUGUGGUGAGAAUGGAAAAGGCAUCAACCUUGGCUCUGAUCUUGAACUUCAGCAGCAGCUGCAAGUAGGAGAGGAACCCCAUAUGUGUAGUGAGUAUGGGAAGGGCUUGGGUCAGAGCUCACAUAUGCAAACCCACCAGAGAGCCAACCCAGGGGAGAAACCUUACAGAUGUCUAGGUGUGUGCUGACUGCUUCAAUCAGAACUCCUCCCUUCCUGCUGAUGAGCCCAUUCACCCCAGGGUGGAUCUGUAUAGAUGUGGCAGGUAUAGGAAGGGCUUCAGUCAUGUCUUAGACCUCAACAGUUGCUGUGUGGACAACACUGAAGAGAAAUCUUGGAAAUGUGAACUGUGUGGUAAAGGCUUCAAUAAGAUAUUACAACUUCAAACCCAUCAAACAGCCUACCCUGAAGACAAAACAUCCAAAUGGAACGCAUGUGACAGGAUGUUCAGCCAGCAUUCUGGUCCUCUUCAGAAAGUUCACACUGGAGAGAAGCCAUAUAAAUGUGAGGUAUGUGGGAAAGACUUCAGUAAGGCCUGAUACCUUCAAGCCCAUCAGAAUCCAUUCCAGGGAGAAGCCCUGCAAAUGUGAUGUGUGCGAUAAGAACUUCAGCUGGAAUUUCCAUCUUCAGGCCCAUCAGAGAGUCCACACAGGAGAGAAACCCUAAAAUGUGAUAUGUGUGGCAAGGACUUCAGUCAGAUUUCCCAUCUUCAGGCCCAUCAGAGAGUCUACAUAAGGGAGAAACCCUACAGAUGUGAUACGUGUGGGAAAGGCUUCAGUCAGAGCUCACAUAUUCAAGACCACCAGUGGGUCCACACCCGAGAGAAACCCUACAUGUGCGAUGUGUGUGGGAAUGGUUUCAGUUGGAACUCGCAUCUUCAAGCCCAUCAGAGAGUCCAUACAGGGGAGAAACCCUACCAAUGUGAAGAAUGUGGGAAAGGCUUCAUCUGGAACUGAUGCCUUCACAUUCAUUUGAGUAUCCACACAGGAGAGAAACCCUGUAAGUGCAGCAUGUGUGGGAAGAGCUUCAGUCAGAACUCCCAUCUUCAUUGGAGGGUCCAUACAGGAGAGAAACCCUACAGAUGUUUUGACUGUGGUAAGGGCUUUAGCAAGAGUUCUUGUCUUCAGGUUCAUCAGAGUCCAUAGUAGUGAUCAGUCCAGUACACAUGACAAGUGAUGAAAAUUUCUUCAGAACUGAGAUGUGACAUUUUCAUCAGAAAACCCGCACAGCAGGGGCUAUUUAUAAAAUGUUGUAUUUUAAGAAUUCAAGAGGGAGCUGUAUUUUUUACAGUCAUCUGAAUUCCAAUGAGGGGACCUACUUGUUGUAUGAGUAUGGCUAGUGUGUCCAACAGAGACCAAAAUGUCACAGUUUUCAAGAAAAUAUACAGCAGAGAAACCCUGUAAGGAUGGUGCAGUGGGUUUCAAUCAGAACUUUCACAUUCAAUAGAAUCUACACAGAGGAAGCUUUACAAUUAGCAGUGCUCUUAGGACUUCAGCAAAAGUAUAAUGAUGGACACAACAAAAAUCCACGUCCACUAGAAUGUAGGUUUCAUAGGGGCAGGAAAUCUGUUUGCUGCUAUACAGUCAUGACCUGGCACCAGUGCCAAACGUAGCAGGUGCCCUAGAAUUUGUAUCACUCGAAGGAUAGGAAAACCUACUACAAAUAGAACAAACAUUUGAAAAUUUUAGUGCACUCAAUCCCAGUUAAUCACAAUAAAUUGUACUAGGAAAAAGAUUCUUAGAAGAGGCCUUAAAGAUUAAUUCAAAGAAAUGAUCAUUUAAUAAAGAUACAUAAAAUCAUGCAA